GAUCCCGAGAACGUUCUUCGAUAUGGUUGCUGAUACCUGCAGACCCAAAAGAAAAACCCAUAACCCGACCCGAAUACCAGAGAAACUGAUGAAGACGACGAGUAAUUUAUAACAAAAAGAGUGAGCGAGAGAGAGUUUCAGCUUUUCCGAUCUGAGCUCGUAGAACCACGACCGUGCGAUAUCCGAUCUCCGAUCUCCGGUUGUUCGUUCCGAUCCAAAAGACCCCCCAAAAAAAGAGAGGACCACCGAUGUAUCAGUGGAGGAAGUUCGAGUUCUUCGAGGAGAAAUUGGCGGGAAAGGCUACGAUUCCCGAGGAGGUCGGUGGAAGAGUCGAGUGCUGCUCCAGCGGGAGAGGGAAGGUGGUGAUCGGAUGCGACGACGGUACCGUGAGCCUUCUCGACCGAGGUCUCCAUUUCAAUUACGCCUUUCAAGCUCAUUCUUCCUCCGUCCUCUUCCUUCAGCAGCUCAAGCAAAGAAACUUUUUGGUAACAAUUGGAGAAGAUGAGCAAAUUGCUCCGCAGCAAUCAGCUAUGUGCCUCAAGGUUUUUGACCUUGAUAGGAUGGAGCCUGAGGGCUCGAGCUCAAGCAGUCCUGAUUGUAUUGGAAUCUUGCGCAUUUUCACUAAUCAGUUUCCUGAAGCAAAGAUUACAUCGUUUUUAGUCCUAGAAGAAGCCCCACCAAUACUGCUUAUGGCUAUAGGCUUAGAUAAUGGUUGCAUUUACUGCAUUAAAGGGGAUAUUGCACGGGAGCGAAUCACCCGCUUCAAGCUUCAGGUGGAUGGUCCGCCUGACCAGAGCCAAUCCUCAAUUACAGGUCUGGAGUUCAGAGUGGAUGGUCAAUCCCUUCUGUUAUUUGCUGUAACUCCUAGUUCGGUGAGCUUAUUCAACUUGCAAAGUCAACCACCAAAACGGCAAACCCUUGAUCAGAUUGGAUGCAAUGUCAAUAGUGUUGCAAUGAGUGAUCGUUCGGAGUUGAUAAUUGGUAGACAUGAGGCUGUGUAUUUUUACGAAGUUGAUGGUCGUGGUCCUUGUUGGGCUUUUGAAGGAGAGAAAAAAUUCCUAGGGUGGUUUCGUGGAUAUCUAUUGUGUGUCAUUGCAGAUCAAAGAAGCAGCAAGAACACAUUCAACAUUUAUGAUCUGAAGAAUCGGUUGAUUGCCCACAGUCUAGUGGUUAAAGAAGUUUCCCACAUGCUUUGUGAAUGGGGGAACAUAAUACUAAUUAUGGCUGACAAAUCAGUUUUAUGUGUUGGAGAGAAGGAUAUGGAAAGCAAGUUAGAUAUGCUUUUUAAGAAGAAUCUUUAUACUGUAGCUAUCAACCUAGUCCAAAGUCAGCAAGCUGAUGCCGCUGCAACUGCUGAGGUGCUAAGAAAGUAUGCGGAUCAUCUCUAUAGCAAACAAGAUUAUGAUGAGGCUAUGGCCCAAUACAUUCAUACAAUUGGCCACCUAGAGCCUUCUUAUGUGAUACAGAAAUUUUUAGAUGCACAAAGAAUCUACAACCUUACAAAUUACUUAGAAAAUUUGCAUGAAAAGGGGCUGGCAUCUAAGGAUCAUACCACUCUUCUGCUUAACUGCUACACCAAACUGAAAGAUGUUGAAAAGCUGAACAUCUUCAUAAAAAGUGAGGAUGGUGUCGGGGAGCAUAAGUUUGAUGUUGAGACUGCUAUAAGGGUCUGCCGUGCUGCGAAUUAUCAUGAGCAUGCAAUGUAUGUUGCUAAGAAGGCAGGGCGGCAUGAAUGGUACUUAAAAAUCUUACUUGAAGACCUUGGCAGGUAUGACGAAGCCUUGCUAUAUAUUUCAAGCCUUGAACCAAGUCAAGCUGGGGUGACAGUAAAAGAGUAUGGUAAAAUUCUCAUAGAACAUAAGCCAGUUGAGACAAUUGAGAUACUCAUGAAACUUUGCACGGAGGAUGGAGAAUCAGACAAGAGAAAAGCCUUCAGUGGUUCAUACUUAUCCGUGCUACCAUCUCCUGUUGAUUUUCUUAACAUUUUCAUCCAUUAUCCACAGUCCCUUAUGGAUUUUCUUGAAAAGUAUACCAACAGGGUGAAAGAUUCACUUGCUCAAGUAGAAAUUCAUAACACACUUUUGGAGUUGUACUUGUCCAAUGACUUAAACUUUCCAUCGUUCUCACAAGCUACCAAUGGUGUGGAGGGAAAUUCCAGGAUAAGAUCAGGAACACCUGUGAUGUCAAAAGCUGAGUCCAAUGGGAAAGUAAUUGCUAGCAAAGAUUCAAUCAAGGAAAAGGACCGUUUGGAAAGACAUAAGAAGGGACUAAACUUGCUUAAAAGUGCAUGGCCAUCCGAGCUGGAACAUCCACUUUAUGAUGUUGAUCUUGCAAUAAUUCUCUGUGAAAUGAAUGCAGUUAAACAAGGACUUUUAUAUUUAUAUGAAAAGAUGAAGCUCUACAAAGAGGUAAUUGCUUGCUACAUGCAAGCCCAUGACCAUGAGGGACUGAUUGCAUGUUGCAAAAGAUUGGGGGAUUCAGGGAAGGGAGGUGAUGCAUCUCUUUGGGCAGACCUUUUGAAAUAUUUCGGUGAACUUGGAGAAGAUUGCUCUAAAGAAGUGAAGGAAGUUUUGACCUAUAUAGAAAGGGAUGACAUCUUGCCUCCUAUUAUUGUUCUUCAAACGCUUUCAAGAAAUCCCUGUCUGACACUUUCUGUAAUUAAAGAUUAUAUUGCUCGAAAACUUGAACAAGAAUCAAAGCUGAUUGAGGAGGACCGGCGGGCUAUUGAUAAGUACCAGGAAGAUACAUUGGCCAUGAGGAAAGAAAUUGAGGAUCUUAGGACUAAUGCCAGAAUCUUUCAACUUAGCAAGUGCACUGCAUGCACUUUCACACUUGAUCUCCCUGCUGUCCACUUUAUGUGUAUGCACUCUUUCCAUCAGCGCUGCCUAGGUGAUAAUGAAAAAGAGUGUCCUGAAUGUGCUCCUGAGUAUAGAUCUGUUCUAGAAAUGAAAAGGAACUUGGAGCAGAACUCCAAAGAUCAGGAUCGUUUCUUCCAGCAAGUGAAGAGUUCAAAAGAUGGAUUUUCCGUGAUUGCUGAGUAUUUUGGGAAGGGGGUUAUUAGCAAAACAAGUACUGCAGCGACAGCUGCCUCUGAAUCAGGCACCGUAUCUUCUCCAAGUGGCUUCUAAGAAUUUCAGGGAUAUAAGGUGUGAUUGAGUGACUUCUGGAUUCUCUGCUUUGGUGGACAUUACAGCAGAUACUUAUCUAGCUGUGCCAACCCUUAUAUGGUGCAAUUAUGCUGUCAGAAAUGAGAAUGAAGGUUCAUUGGCGUAAAUCUUGAAUAAGGGGUUGUCACUCAUGAAAGGUAUGAUUGUGUGGAGCUUCUUUGUUUAUAUCCAAGCGAGUUUAGUUUCAGGGAGUGGAUUGCUUUUCAGUUAGAGUAAAACUUCUUCAAAUAUGAACUAGAGAAGUUUUUUGUAACAUGCAUUUACAGGCGAAAAAAGAGAAUAAAUAGUAGAAAUUUUCUGUGUGGUGAUGGGUGAUGGAUGUAUUUCAAAGGCCAUGUUGCCUGGUUACAUAGUUAUUUGUCGUUUUACCUACUGCAAUUACAGUUGUUAGACUUGAAGAAAAUGCUUGCUGGUUAGCUUUCAGAUCAUCUAUAGGGCAGGCCACCUUCUACCGUGGAUUAUUGAUUUUGACCGCGGGUACGGAAUCUUGGCUUUUAACGUAUGACUUGUCUGCUGAACUAUAAACGGAAACAGUAUGAUAUUAUUUUCCUCUGUGUCACCGGUCAGGUUUUGGGGCAAGAAAAUGACCAUGCAUGAGCCAUGCAGUUCUCUAUGUCAUUGUCCUCUCUCUCUCUCUCUCUCUCUCUCUCUCUCUCUCUCUCUCUCUGUGUGUGUUCAAGUAAAACCAGUGAAUUUAACCAUGAGAACCAUUUUGGAUGAGAUGGUGAGAUUGGAAUCUAAGGGUAUGUAUUAGUUGGGAUGACUUUCAUGGAUUUUUUUAGUGAUUGACUUUUGUAAAAUUUAUAGAUUUCUAUUAAUUUUUGUGGAGUUUACAAAACUUUUAUAGGGUUAAAGUUAUGUAAACUCUCAUUUUAAAAGAUUUUAAUGGAGAUUUAUAGAUUUUUAUAAAUAUUUAUGGA